GAGAAGGCGUGGCCAUAACCGGACGGUUAUAGCAGCCGGACGGUUCAGGAGGUCUCUCGUGAGAAUCUGGACGCUCUCGAGGACCUGAGUGGUGCCCGUGGGAGCGCGCUUCGCGGUGCCGGUGGGAGCGCGCUUCGCGGUGCCGGUGGGAGCACGCUUCGCGGUCCCGCGGAGCAGGCGCGAGAGGCCGGUGGCCGCGGCGGGCGGACGCCUUGCCCCGCCCCCGCUGCUCUCAGGCUCCGCCCGGGCUCGCGCACACGCGCGCGCUCCCGUUCAAUCCUCGGUCUGGCCCGCGGGGACCGGGCGGGUGGAGGCUGGGCUGCUGAGAUCCGAGGGGAGGAGCCGGAGGAGCCGGAGCUGCCGCCGCCACAGCCACUGCCACAGCCGCCGCCGCCGCCGCUGGAGAAGAGCAUGUCUGCAACUAGAGCCAAGAAAGUGAAGAUGGCCACCAAAUCGUGCCCCGAGUGCGACCAACAGGUUCCUGUUGCAUGUAAAUCGUGUCCCUGUGGUUAUAUAUUUAUUAGCAGAAAACUUUUAAAUGCAAAACACCCAGAGAAAUCACCGCCUUCUACAGAAAACAAGCAUGAGGCCAAAAGGAGGCGAACAGAGAGAGUUAGGCGAGAGAAGAUAAAUUCUACAGUAAAUAAGGAUUUAGAAAACAGAAAGAGGUCUCGAAGUAACAGCCAUUCAGAUCAUAUCAGACGAGGAAGAGGAAGACCUAAAACUGCAUCUGCCAAAAAACAUGAGGAAGAAAGAGAGAAACAGGAAAAGGAAAUUGACAUCUAUGCUAACCUCUCUGAUGAGAAGGCUUUUGUGUUUUCAGUCGCCUUGGCAGAAAUAAAUAGAAAAAUUAUCAAUCAAAGACUUAUUCUCUGAUAUUUGUCUGCAAAGUAUGUUGAAACUGUCUUCAGGAUUACAUCAGCAAAUUCUCACACAGUUGUGGACUCUCAGGAGCAUUCUGACUGCAUCAAUAAGGGCCAUUGAUUGUUUUUUUUCCCUGUCAUUUAGCCUGUGCCACACUUUGGGAGCAAAGCUGUAGGCUUGGACUGUUCUGGGAUUUCCUUGUUUACCAAGGAGUAUUGUCAGUGUUUUGUGUUUGAGAUUUUAAGUAUAUUUACCAAAAACAAAAAAAUAAAAAACGGUGGAUGCUGUUAAAGGAUACAGGGGUAGAGGAGGGAGUGGAAGAAUGAAAACUAGGGAAGUAAAAUGCUUGAUAGUUUUCAGGUGUGCCACUAGAGAGGUGAUAUUUUAAGUACUUUGAGAAAGAGUGACUUUUAAAAAUAUUAUAUUUCAGAUUUUCAGCACUAACAGAUUGCAUAUAUACAGUUCACUUACUUUUAAUAAAUUGGCAAUUGAUAUUUUAUUGAAUGGGGAAUUAAGAAUAUAAACUGUACAUUUUGUCUUAAAUUGAUUUUUUCUUGGCCUUUAUUUUUAUGACUUAAGGUAUGUGUUAUAUUUUGGGAGAUACUUUCUAGACAUUUGGGAAGUUUGGGUGCUAUAUGAAGAAAAACAUUUAAGGAUAUAUCAUACUUCAGAUAUAAACAUCUUGUUUUCUUGAAUGUAAUUUAUUUAUUGGUUAAAAAUACCUUUUCUGCUCUCAAGAUGGUGCCUGUUAACCUAAACAUAAAAUAUAUUUAUUACAUACAAAAUAUUUCUUAGAUAGCCACUUUUAAAGCAGUAAUGUUUUAUCUGAGUGGAUGUUCAUUUAUACAUCCUGAUGAUUAUUUAAAUUGUUACUUAAUCUCACUCUGGAAAAAAAUAAACCUUAAUAUUGAAA